CCCGCCCCGCCCCCGCCCGCUGCGCGUUUCUCUCCCGCCUCCCGCGUCCGUCUUUGCAGCCCGCGCCUCCCGCAUCCCCUCGCGUCCCCGUGGCGCCCGCCCGCGCGCGUCCGCGCCCCGCCCCCUCCCGCGCGGUUCCGCAUUGGCGUGCUGCAGGGCGCGGUGCACUGCGCCGCCACCGUCAAUAGGUGGACCCCCUCCCGGAGAUAAAACCGCCGGCGCCGGCGCCGCCAGUCCCUCUGGCUGAGACCUCGGCUCCGGAAUCACUGCAACCCCCCUCGCCCUGAGCCAGAGCACCCCAGGUCCCGCCAGCCCCUCACACUCCCAGCAGAAUGGGCAAGGAGAAGACCCACAUCAACAUCGUGGUCAUUGGCCAUGUGGACUCCGGCAAGUCCACCACCACAGGCCACCUCAUCUACAAGUGCGGGGGCAUCGACAAAAGGACCAUCGAGAAGUUCGAGAAGGAGGCGGCUGAGAUGGGGAAGGGAUCCUUCAAGUAUGCCUGGGUGCUGGACAAGCUGAAGGCGGAGCGUGAGCGCGGCAUCACCAUCGACAUCUCCCUCUGGAAGUUCGAGACCACCAAGUACUACAUCACCAUCAUCGAUGCCCCCGGCCACCGUGACUUCAUCAAGAACAUGAUCACAGGCACAUCCCAGGCGGACUGUGCGGUGCUGAUCGUGGCAGCGGGCGUGGGUGAGUUCGAGGCGGGCAUCUCCAAGAAUGGGCAGACACGGGAGCAUGCCCUGCUGGCCUACACGCUGGGUGUGAAGCAGCUCAUCGUGGGCGUGAACAAAAUGGACUCCACGGAGCCGGCCUACAGCGAGAAGCGCUACGAUGAGAUUGUCAAGGAAGUCAGCGCCUACAUCAAGAAGAUCGGCUACAACCCGGCCACCGUGCCCUUCGUGCCCAUCUCCGGCUGGCACGGUGACAACAUGCUGGAGCCCUCCCCCAACAUGCCGUGGUUCAAGGGCUGGAAGGUGGAGCGUAAGGAGGGCAACGCAAGCGGCGUGUCCCUGCUGGAGGCCCUGGACACCAUCCUGCCCCCCACGCGCCCCACGGACAAGCCCCUGCGCCUGCCACUGCAGGACGUGUACAAGAUCGGCGGUGAGCAAGGGCGCUGUGCUGGAGCUCCUGCCCAGCCAGUUCUGCCUGCCCUAGACCAGGGGUCCCUAUGA